UGGACUGCUUCUUUUAGUAAAUGUAUGUCAUGGUCUGAAGGCAGAUCGGUCAUGUACCACAGUCAAAUAGGAAAAGUAUUUUGAUCGUAAGGUAGACAGAGAAAGGAGAUAAACAUAAAGCCACUGGAAGAAGGUGCAAACACUGAACACCCCCUGAAGCAAGGCAAAAGUAAUUACUUUUGUCUUAUCACAAUACACAAGGAAAACCUGGAUACUCCACAAUGUGCGAGGUAUUAAUUGUUCAUACCAGUGAGGCCAAUGAAUGGGCUGAGUAUCUUCAGCAAAUUUUGGUGGAAUCGUGUAACUUUAUGGAAGGCUCCAUUGUUUUGAUUGAUGUUUUUGAAAAAAAUUUGCUGGAAAAUCAGGAACUGUUUGAUUUGGCAAGUGUCAGCAUGUGCAUCAUGCCUUUGCUGUCUACUGUGUUCUUGGACAUGCAGAGCGAUCCAGAAGUGCUUGAUACUUUCCGGGAACUUCUUCAACCCCCUCACAAAGUCAUUGCAUUUUUGUGUGGAGUAUUAGAAAGCGAAAUAUCAGCAGACUAUUUUGAACACUGGGAUCUUUGGAAAAAGCUCAGUUCAGAAGAUGAUCCUUCAGUAUAUGUGUCAAUAGUCCUUGAGUGCAUUAAUGAUGGAUAUAUUAGUAAACAACAUGACCAGGAGACAAAAGAUGCAAUUCAACUAGAAGAACACAAGGAUGAGUUCACAUUAUCUGACAUUCCUGGGAGCCUAACUUUACCUGAUGAAAAAGAGCAGCAUGAGGUGAAUGAGGAUGAUGUUUGUUCCACUGAUGAGCAGACUUGUGCCCCUGAGACACAAAAUGACGAGACCUGCCUUACUGUCCAACCAGACAGAAUACUAUGUGGGACUCGCGUGAAUAUUUAUAUAAUUUUGGUAAAGAAAUUUGCCGGUGAGGGCAGCGUGGAGGUGGAGUUUCACUCUCAGGACUCAACACCAAAAAGAAUGCCUGGAACUCUUGUAAAUGAGUGUAUUAUUACUGUACAGUCACCUGAUAUGCCAGCUGGAAAUGUAUCAUUAACUCUUUAUAACAACGAGUCGGUGAUCUGCUCAACGACAGUAAAAUAUUACACAGAAAUGGAGGAAAUUUGCAGAUAUCUAGAGAAAGCAACUGAUCCAAUGCAGUUCAUGUGUCAGGCAUUUGAUAUCACAUCAAAUGCACACGAGUCCCUGGAUAAUUUACUUACAGACUCUCUCAAAGAACGAAUGCCUCUGAAUGGAUUACAAGUGUUUGGAAUUAGACAAAUUGCACAGGAGACAACACCAGCAAAGAUCUCUAUUUUUUGCCAUUUAGAUCACCGUGACGUGGAACUCCCAACACUGCUUCAUUUCUCGGCCAAGUAUGGGUUUAAAAAAUUGACAUCUUUGUUAAUGCGGUGCCCUGGAGCCUUGCAGGCCUACAGCGUGAUGAACAAAGAUGGAGAUUACCCUAACAAGCUGGCAGAAAAGAGUAACUUCUCUGAUUUAAGGCAGUUUAUGGAUGAAUAUGUUGAGACAGUGGACUUAGUGAAGGCCCACGUGGAGGAGUCCCAGAACACCCCUGGAAAUGAAGAUGUUUAUGAGGAUAUGUUGACAGCUUCCCACAAUUUCAUCACAGAUUAUGGGGAUAGUGAAGAUAUUUACGAGUGUAUGAUGAAACUGGAUCCUGAGAUGGGUUUGUAUGAUGACUCAGAAAGUACUUUGGAGGACUCCAACCCUGAGGAUACAAUGCUGAUAAAUUUUUUUAAAGCAAAACCUGAAAAAACUUGUAUAAAAUCCUUGAAUCACAAUUCAAACAAUGGUGGAUAUCCUGAAAUGGAUGGCGAUGAAUACCAUGACAUGGGCCUUGAUCCGGAAACCUAUAGGGAAAUGGAAGAGGAGGACCCAUAUAACACGUGCUGCAUUGAUCAAAUUUAUGACACCGUGGAGCCUCCUUUCUGCAUUGCUCCUGAAGUUCUCAACCGCCCACCUGCACCAAUUCCGCGGCCACCCAAUCUGCCAGAGCCUGAAGAGAAUACAACCUACAUUUCCAAAGUGUUUUGCCCCAAGGAGCCUGUAUACACACUAAGCAAACAGCCAGAAAGAGAUUCUUUAGCACCUGUGCAAGACAGGGACAUGAGCAGUCACCAUGACCCCUUUGCAGGCAUGAAGACCCCUGGACAGAGGCAGCUCAUCUCUCUGCAGGAGAAGGUCAAGGUGGGUGAGCUUACUGUUGAAGAAGCAGUGCAGGAAUUCAAGGCUUGGCAGAUUGAUCAAGAUAAAAGAUCACACUCCCUCCGUUUUCAACAGGAAAAUUUACAGAAAUUAAGAAACAGCAUCACUCGGCGCUGUAGAGACAAAGGGACAAGUGAGCUUAUGAUUACAGCACCAAUGCAAACAAACACUCAGUGGGGUUCUCAAGUGAACAUGAAUUGUUCGGUGUAUGAACCAGCACAUCGUUUGAUUACCCAACCCCCUCCUGUUAGUAGACCGCUGCAGAGAGGAACCUGGCAGACAGGAAGCACCUCCAGCACUUCUAGUAGUGGCAGUCACAGAUUGAGCAUUCAGAGUAAUGUCAGCAGCAGCAGUGGGGCAGAUGGCGAAUGUGAGGAGCCUCCAGAUAUUCCGCUUCCACCGCGGCCCCACCGCCCCGUUGUGGAUACUCCACCAGUACUCCCUCCUCCCAGAGUCCCACCACGCAUAACAGAGCUGAACCCGGAGAGCAUACUAAACGAGCGCUAUGUGUCAACUCCUGCCCGUCCUGUUCCUCAGGUGCCUCCUCAAAGGCCCGUGCCUCCACCUAUACCGAGACGGACGUGGUGAUGGCCUACUUCAAAAUGGGUGGCUUUCGAUCUGCAUGACUGUGCAAAUUUGGUGUCAAGCCUUUCAAAUUGAGAUUUGUAAAAGUCUCUUCAAGAUGGGGCAAAAGACAAUAGAUCAGUGUCCAGUGCAUUUUUUUCAAGUGUUUGAGAACUAAACUAGACAGACUUGCAAUAAAAACAACCAUUAUCAGUUAUACGUGUUAAAUUAUGAAAAGUCUUCAGCUGAAGGGAAUAGGGAUGCAGUAUGUUUAGGGGUCGUCUGAUGUGGUUGCUUGUUUGCUAUGUACAGCUUUUCAGUGUGUGCUCUCUGAGUAUCAUUAGUUACAGCAAACAGCAUACUCAUGAACUUGCCUAGCCUACUUUUUUUAUUUGAACUCUGUGAAAUUACUGUAAGCACUGUGUUGACUGUGAUCAGUGUAGAUCAGAUUUAAAGUUGCUUGGUUUUCUCUGUUUUGAACAUAUUUAUUCAUGAAUGCACUUUUCACUGCUGGCUACAAUAUAUACUGUAUACUGUACAUAGGCGGAGGGUGAGCGAACUGCAGGGUAAGGCUACCAUUCCAAUUAACAGAAAUCGCUAAAUACUGUAUGGAAUCAACUGCUCACCCAUUUCUGAGAUCAAUAUGCAGUAGCAAUUUUGCUUAGUUUAUUUCAAAGCUGUAUACCCCUUAAGAAUGUUCAUUUACUUUUACAUAUAUUUGUUUUAAAAUGUUAAAUUCUUUCAGAAAUAAAGACAUUCUCCAUAAACGCAGCGAUUUACGUUUUAAUAUAAAUUUGGCCACGGCCACUGAUCUAGAGUCAGCUUUCCCUUUACGCUAGUAAUUGAAGUUUGUAUAUGAGGUGGGGAAACUGAUCAUAGACAGUUUACUGGUGCAGCUAUGAGCAGUGUUAUUCAGCAGCUCAGCAAUACUUUCCGAUCAAUACCUUAUAAGCAUUAAUACGAACAUCAUGCCUGUGGUCAGACUUGCCUCACACAUACUCCGCCUGUGACUGUAUAUACUAAAGCUGAGCAUUGUGAAUGAAACAAAACUGAAAAUGAAAGUGGUGCAAUUAACAGCACAAAAUGUGUGAAUGCAUAGUGUGACGAAAACAAAGGACAGUGAGUGUGUGUGUGUGUGUGUGUGUGUGUGUGUGUGUGUGUGUGUGUGUGUGUGUGUAGUGUGUGUGUGUGUGUGUGUGUGUGUGUGUAUGUAUGUGUGUUCACGUUUGUUAAACCAUGAUGAUGAUUAUAGAUUUUUCUUUAUAAAUUGUAUUUAGUUCUGCCUUUGCCUGGAGUGGAGAAUGGUUAAACCUGAAAAUAAAAAGAUGAACUGUUUUAAAUUUGUGUCAUAUAACAAGUAGGCUAUUAAACACAUGAGUAUUAAAUAAAGAUUUUAAUAA